AUGCUAUUCUGUAUUUUAGAAAUUGGUUCUUUAGCUACGUGCAAUGUUUCGGUCGCCGGAUUUACUUCUCAAUCUAAAAUUGACUCAGAGGGUCUAAAACCUGCCGUUGGCCUAGAUUUUGAUCCAAAUUUUCAUCGAAUGGAUGAACAAGUUAAUGUCCAUCUGGAACCGGGCUCGGAAGGAUUGGCACCUCUGACCAGAAAGUUUCUCAGGCUAUCAUCUAAAGCAACUGUUACUCACCUUAGGAAGUACAUCGCACUUCAAGUUCUCGACGACAUAUCAAAAUUUAAUGAGUUUUGA